GCUAAAGGAAUGUGCAGAGAGCAAGUGAGCAAAGGACAGAAAGAAAGGUGGAGUAACCUUGUUGCCUCACAAAGCCAGCGAAAGAAAGGAAGGGUGUUGCCUGCGACCCACCUGAACAGCUUGAGCAAAAGAGGAGGGACCAGACACACAUUCACUCUUAAACACAAGUCGUAUCUGGGGGGAAUAUUCAGUCGAUUGUGCACAGCACCAAGUGGGGUAGGAAGGGAACUUUUUCCUGCAAGCACAAGAUGUUUCCCUGUUGUUUGGAUUUGUGAAGACACAGGUGGAAAACUUAUUUUCCCUCUUCGGUUAAUCAUUGGACACAAGGGAGAGAAUAAAGGAUUUUCUUUUAGAGAACUUUGGUUGGUGGUUGGACUCUGGGACUUGGAUUGGGAAACAACAAACUAAGAGACUGAAAUGGGAGGAUGGGCGCUGCGUCUCGCUGUGUGGAUCUCCGUUCUCAUGCUCGCUGUGACAGCCAGCCGUGCUAAUGAGGUGAACCACUGUACUGCUGCAAGGGCAAAAACCUGCUCAGAAUGUAUCCAGAUCGCCACAGGAUGUGCUUACUGCCCCGAUGAGAUCUUCGAGCAUGAGCGUUGUGACCUGAAGGAAAACUUGGAGGCCCGUAAAUGUAGUAGUCGGAUGGUAACAAUUAAGAGCAGCUGGAAAAUUGUAGAGAAUGUGCAAAUGAAUAAGUCACUAAAGUACUCUCAGGUGGCCCCUCAGCUAAUGAGCAUGACGCUUCUCCCCGGGGAGGAGAGGGAGGUGGAGAUGGAGGUGUUUGAACCAGCCCGUGGCCCUCUGGACCUCUACAUCCUCAUGGACUUCUCCAACUCUAUGUCUGAUGAUCUGGACAACCUGAAGAGGAUGGGAGACCAGCUGGGGCACAUUUUUGUGGCAGGGACAUUUGAAAGACUUCAAAGGCAAUGCUCUGUGUGA